AUAUUUUUUUAAAAUAUUUAUAAAAUCAAAAAAAAAAAAGAAAUGACAUUAAGUGCUUUAGCAGCUCAUAAAAAAUACAGAUCUAUAAACACUGAAGAUAGAAAAAUCAAUAGUAAUUACGAAGAAGUUCAAGAUAUAACUAAAAUAGAGCAAAAUAAUAAUAACUAUAUAACUAAUAAUUUUGAUUUUUCUAAUUCUGAUAUCGCAUUAAAAAAUAUAAAUGAAAUAUCAAUAAAAAAAAAUCUACAAAUUAUAUCAAAACCAAGUAUUAAUAAACAUUUUUUGGACAAAAAUGGCUAUACAGUCGAAAUUUUUGGAUUUUAUGCAAAAGAAAAACUUAUUCUUCAAGGAUUCUAUGAAUUCAAAGUAAUAAAAGGGGUAAUUUCUAUAAUGUCAUCAGAAUUCGACUCUUCUAAUACAUCUCAAUGGUAUCGUAUAUUUAGCCUAUCAACACAUUCAAUACCAGUAAUUUCUUCAGUAUUAUCAGAUAAAAAUUCAAUUGAAACGAGUUGUUUUAUACAUUCUAAAGAGAUAUGUUCUUUCAUACGAAUGUUAGAUAGUUUUUUAGAAUCUAUUAUAUGUGUAAGAAGUAUUAACGAUAAUUUAAUAAAAAUUAAGAAAUUUCAUACAUUUAGUAAAUAUAUAUGGGAACCAAAUGAAAAAAAAGAAAUGAAAAAUACAUAUAAUAUAAUUGAUGAUUUUUCAAGUUAUCCAUUGUUAAACAUUCCAGAAUCAUGGUCAUCUGCAAUAAAUAUUAUACAUUCUUCAAAUUUUGAUAAUAAAACUGCAAGAAUCAUAAUUUGUGGACCAAAGUUAUCUGGAAAAUCAACAUUUGCAAAAAAUUUAAUAAAUAAAUUUUUAACAGGAAGAUAUAAUGAACAUAAAGCAAUAGAGGGAAUUAAUUAUAUUGAAACGGAUCCAGGACAACCAGAGUUUUCGCCUCAUGGAAUAAUUAGUUCUCAUUAUAUUAAAAAACCUGUUAUCAAUCCAUCAUUUACUCAUUGUACUCUUCCAUCACUUACGAAAGCACAUUUUCUCGGAAAUAUAUCACCACAAAAUAAUCCAAAACAUUUUUUAUUAUGUGUUAAUGAUAUAUUUAAUACAGAUAAAAAAAAUGUUCCUACUAUUAUCAAUACUCCUGGCUGGACUAAAGGUAUGGGUUUGGAACUCUUAAAUGAAAUCAUAAAUUUGUCAAAUUGCACAUAUCUUGUAUAUAUCGGCUCUAAAACUAAUGUCGAAAUUUUCGAUACCGAAUUAAUACUUCCAUCAUCCGUUAAACUUCUUACUCUUCCAUCUGUUCGAGAAUUUAUUAAUACAUGUGGAACAGUAAAAAUUAAUACAGCAGAUCUGCGAGCGCUAUCCAUAAUAUCAUAUUUUCACUCAAUAAAUAUAUCAGAAGAUAAUUGUCAUACAAGCUGGGAAUUUGAUUCAUAUCUUUUAGAUAUGAAACCUUGGAUUGUAAAAUAUGAUGGUGAUUUGAAUGGUAUUGACGCAAUAUCCAUCUUAAAUACUACAUUGGAUAUAGAGGAAUUUUACUAUGCCAUAAAUGGAACUAUCAUGGCUUUUGUAGUUGCAGAUAAUAUCACAGAAAAUAAUGAAAAAACAUGGGAAUCCAUUAUUACAAAAUCUAAAGACCGUUUACCUAUAUUAAAUACGGAGAAGAAUCCUAUUGAUCCUAAAAUCAGUCAAUGCAUAGGUCUUUGUAUUUUAAGAGGAAUAUCAAGGAAGUCUAAAGAACUCCAAAUUCUGACACCCAUUGAUACUUUAACUUUAAAUAAAUAUUUGAAUUCCAAUAAAAAAAUUAUUCUGGUUCGAGGAAAUCUUGAACUACCUAUUUCUCUUAUGAUUAAUUACAAAAAAGAUAAAGAUGCCAAAAUCGAUUGGGAUAAAGCACCAUAUCUUAGUUUGGAAAAUGAAGGAUUAGGUUCUAAAGUAUGGCAUCCUAGAAAAAACAUAGAACGCCCAGCUAUGCGCACAUAAAUAUAAAACAUACUUCAAUUAUCUAGCCAAGCUUUAUAUGCAUAUU